AUGCCAUGUGGGGAGAAGGUAGAGGACCCAGGAGAUGAUGGCCAAGAAGGAAAGAGAGCAGCAAUAGCUGGCAGCCAGCAGCUGUGGCAAUGGGGAAAGGGCAAGAAGAGAGGCAGUGAAUCCGUUCAGCAGCAAGGGAUGGUGGUCAAAGUCAUCAAAGUGGACAGAGUUGCCCAAGAAAACACUGGACCCCACAGAGACACAGAGAAGGAAGUCACUGGCAAAGAAUUUGUAUAUGAACACAGAUCAAGAUUAGAGAAAUCCUUACAAAAGGAAAGGCUUGAACAUAAGAAAGCAAAGGAAGAUUUCCUUGUAUAUAAGUUAGAAGCACAAGAAACACUAAAUAAAGGAAGGCAAGAUUCCAAUAGCAGAUACAGUGCACUGAAUGUCCAACAUCAGAUGUUGAAAAGUCAACAUGAGGAGCUGAAGAAACAGCACAGUGAUUUGGAAGAGGAUCAUCGUAAGCAAGGGGAAGACUUCACUAGAACAUUCAAUGACCACAAGCAGAAAUAUUUGCAGCUCCAGCAAGAGAAGGAGCAAGAACUUUCUAAGCUGAAAGAAACCAUAUACAAUUUGAGAGAAGAGAAUAGACAGCUAAGGAAAGCACACCAAGACAUACAUACACAGCUUCAAGAUGUCAAGCAACAGCAUAAGAAUUUACUCUCCGAGCAUGAACAACUUGUAGUGACUUUGGAAGACCACAAGAGUGCACUAGCUGCUGCUCAGACUCAAGUUGCAGAAUACAAACAACUGAAAGAAACUCUGAAUCGGAUUCCCAGCUUUCGAAAAUUUGAACCAGCAGAGCCACAAAAUGUUACUUUUACCCAGAUGGCACAUUCUCCACAAGGGUACAACACAGCAAGGGAGAAGUCAGUCGGAGAGCUGCAAGAGCUGUCUCGAAAUAGUGAGGUAAGGCAGAAACAUGAAGCAAUGUCUAGAAGAACAGAAGAAGCAAAACCUUCUCCUCCCACCCACAAGGAGGCAGAAUUCCAGACUCCAGCAGAGCAGAACCCACAAGAAGUGGAACCCAGAGAGCCAGAGGAGCAUCAGGUAGAAGAAGAGCACAGAAAGGCCCUGGAAGAGGAGGAGAUGGAGCAGGUGGGGCAGGCAGAACACCUGGAGGAGGAACAUGACCCAUCACCAGAGGAACAGGACCGGGAGUGGAAAGAACAGCAGGAACAAAAGGAAGCAGCCCGUCUUCUGGAGGGGCAUGCUCAGGCCGAGGUGUACAGCUCAGCCAGGCCGGUUACCAACUUCCGAUCGCCGUAUGAGGAGCAGCUGGAGCAGCAGAGAUUGGCAGCCAGGAGGGAUGAGGAGGCCCAGAGAUUGUGGGAACACCAGGAAGCUCUGCACCAGCAGAGACUACAGGAACACUUGCUAAGGCAGCAGCAGCAGCAGCUUCUGGUUAGAGAGACAGCCCAGAGGAAGCAGGCCGAGCAUGAGGAGGGCCGGCAGCAGCAACAGAAGCAGCUAAGACAGCAAGCUCAUUAUGAUGCCAUGGAUAAUGACAUCGUUCAGGGAGCAGAGGACCAAGGAAUCCAAGAAGAGGAAGGAGGUGGUAAGAUAUCUCAGAUGAUGACUGUUUUAAUAAAAAGUACCUGGUAAUACCAUGCUACUUCAGCGACCAGUAUCAUAAACAUCAACAAGC